CUCUUCUCCAUCAUGUGACAUUGUCCAGUCCCCCUCAUUGCUGUCCCUCUUUGCAAAGCCGUCCAAUGCCUCUCACAGAGUCUUCGUCAGAUGGAGCCUCCACUACACUGCCAAGAGCCUCAAGAAACAAUCAUUCCAUCAAUCAGUGAUGAGCGUCGUGAGCGUAUCAUACGCAUGCACCUGAACAACAGGUUCACAUUCAAGCGCAUUGCUGAAGAUGAAGGCCUGCCAAUCUCUACAAUCUCGUCCAUUGUUGGACGCUUUCAAAAGACCUCUCGCAUCCUCAAAAUGAGACGUGGCGGAUCCACAGCUCGCACCAAGCUCAACAGUAGCCAUAUUACCCACGUACAGCAAUAUUGGACGCGCUGGCCGCUUGCUACCCUCAAAGACGCUCGAAACAACCUCCUUUCUCACUAUCCUGACAUUGGAACGCUGCAUAUCUCAACUUUCCAACAAGCAAUAGCAUCCAGAGGCACUUUCACACUCAAACGAGUGCACAGAGAUCUCCCUGCCCGCAAUUCAACUGCAAGUAAGCAAAAAAGACAGCUGUGGUGCGCAGAAUGGCUCUCUUGACUCACAAUUGACAAAGCAAUCUACAUUGAUGAAAGCGGCUUCAAUCUGGCAACUGCACGACAAUAUGGCUGGAGUGAGCAAGGACUUUGAGCCAUUGCAACAAGACCAAGUCAGGGUGCAAAUGUGACGCU